UUUAUCGCCAUCAAAUGGUAUAAAUACGAGAUCUUUUUACUUAAGUAAGCUACAGUUUAACUAACGCUUCUUCACAGAAUAGGAAAAUCAGAAAUAUUUAAAAAAAUAAAUCAUUAUGCGUACCUUUGCGCUGUUGUGUUUAGUAGCUGCGGCUUGGGCUGAUAAAUUAGGCUACAAUUAUCAUCCGGUUGCCCAUUCGGAUAGUGGUCUCUCCUUUUCGCCAGGCUCAUUGGGCGGCGGUAGUUUACAUGGCGGUAAUUUGCAUGGCGCUUCUCUUGGUGAAAGUUACAGCAGCGGUGGUUAUAGCGGCGGUAGUUAUAGCGCCGGUAGUUACAGCGCUGGUAGUCUUGGCGGCUUAGGUGAAGGUUAUAGCGGGGCAGCUUACUCUGGCGGCUUAAGCGGCGGUGUUAGCGGUGGUUAUGCUGGUGAUUUUGCGGUAGGAAGUUCGGGCGGUGGCCUGUCUUCAGGUGUUGCGUAUGAUGCUUCUGGGUAUCAACAUGCUGAAUACGAAAAAGAAUUUUACACAUUUACUGCACCCGAACAUGAGUUCAACGAUCAUCAUAAUUUGCACAAGCAUAUCAACACCGUGAAGAAAGGUGUCCGUGUCAUUUUUAUUAAAGGACCUGAAAAUGACGGUCUAGAAGAGGCUGCUGCAAAUCUCGCAAAAUCUGCUAUUGAACAGAAGACCGCUAUCUAUGUUCUUAACAAGAAGGCUGAUCUUUCUGGCUUGGCUGACAAAUUGAAUACACUUAACACUAAUAUUAAUCAUAAACCCGAAGUUCAUUUCGUUAAAUAUCGUACUAAGGAAGAUGCUGAAAAUGCCAAGAAGACUAUUCAAAGCCAAUAUGAAUCUUUGGGCGGUCACUCUGCAAAUUAUGAUGGCGGUGAGACACACGUUCUAAAUUUCGCUUCACAAGAACCCGAACAUGUUCAUACUGCCGCUGUUGUUAGCUCACCUGAAGCUGCUUACUUGCCUUCUUCUAUUAUUAAAAAAACGAAGUAAAUACACAGAAAAGUUAAUACAUUGUUAGAAAAUGUUGUGAUGAAAUGACUGAUUUUUCAUUUUUUUUUUUCUUUUCCUCGAUCACUGUAAAUAUUUAAUGAAAUAAAAAAUGAAGUAAGAAUAGUGUAAAUAGUUAGGCUUUACUACUAUUAAU